UCUUGUCGGAGUACUUCCGGUUCAGAAUCUUGUUUAGAUGACUGCAUGUGGGGCUGUGAACUUCUUUACAAGUGUCUGAGCUGAACCGGCCCGCAGAGCCCCCGCAUUAGCCCCCCAUCCCCGAUGACUCCGCCCACAGACGCCGGUUCUGACUCGAGGAUGGAAGAGAAGGUCCUUCAGUAUGAAAGAUUCAUCGAGGAAGUUCUGAGGAGAGACCUGCGGAAGGUUCUUGAGCACAGAGACCAGGUUUAUGAGGAAAUCUCUCAGUACCUGCUGCUUAAGAACACCAUUCAGAGUCUACAGGAGGCGGGCCCCCAGAGGCUGCAGACAGACGUGGAUCUGGGCUGUAACUUCUUUGUCCAGGCUGAAGUUGAGGACCCGUCUAGGAUUUUUGUGGCGGUGGGCUUCGGUUUCUUUGUAGAGAUGUCUCUUGACGAGGCUCUGCGCUUCAUUGAGAAGAAGACAAGUCAGCUGACAGGCUUCACAGAACAGCUCACCAAGGACUCUGCCAAAAUAAGAGCCAACAUCCGGAUGGUGCUGGAGGGUCUGCGGGAGCUGCAGGGGCUCAGUGACUCACUUGACAGCACACAAUGAGAUUUUUUGUAGAAAAGUUGUAAAAGUGGACAUCCGGCUGUCAUGGAGCCAAACCUACCUGCCGAGUAGGAAGAAAGACCUUCAUUCUGGAAGAAACUUGGACACUGAUCAGGAUCCAUCAGGGAGAUGCACCUGAUUUGCUUCACAGACCUUUCAGAAUAGUUUACCAGGAAGGGUCUUCUGAUUUUCACUCCAAAGGUGUUAAGGAGCUAAAGCUGAGUUUCUGAACAAACAAGAACUAUUUUGUUGUCAGCUUUGUUCUUUAAAUAUGGUGGCAGGUCAGAGCGAUGCAAUGGCAUCCACAUUUAAGUUGUCCUUUGUGCUGGUAAGGGGCGAAGUCUAUGUCACUGCUCAUUCUCCUUUUCUUCACCCAUUUGGACUGAAAUUCUGCUUACUCUCAUUGCUCCACCCUUUCUUAUUUGCAUUUGCUGAAAAGGUUAAAUGAUUGGCUGGAAUUGUACAGCAAAACUGAAGAGAAAACAAGAGAUUGACAGGUCACAAACAAAACACCAAAAUCCGCGUUUUAACCAGUACAGACUCGGCACCGAGUUUCAGUACUCAUCCCCAUGUGAGGGUGGCUGGGCUUUGGACUAUGAUCCUGCUUUUAUAACAUUGAGAUCGGGCCAGUGUGUUUAAGAGACACAUUAAUCUGAUGAUUUUAUUUUAAAAAUAAAAUAAAAAACAGUUUUGCCUAAA